ACAAGCGCUAGCCAAUCAAACCGCGUGUAUGCUGAUCCCGCAGGUCUUGACUAUUUUCCAUAUGUCAUAAAAUGGAGGACAAAUUAAUCAUUGCCGUGGCAAAUGUCCCAGUCUUGUAUGACUGUACUCUGUUCACCUACCGGGACCUAAACCGGAGGAACCAGGCAUGGCGGGAGGUGGCAGAGACAGUUGGUGAAACUGGUAGAUGGAGGAAUAAUUUAGUAAAUUCAAGAAAUUCACUUUAUUAUUUAUUAACUUUAUUAUUUCAUUUCAUUUUAUUAGAUAAUGUCUGCAAGAAGAGAUGGAAGAGUCUGAGGGACAGGUUCCGCAAGGAAAAGAAUAUGGAGAAGGAGGCCAAAAGAAGCGGGGCAGGGUCUGCAGGGGGGUACAAGCCCUGGCGUUUCAUGGCAGUGAUGGGGUUUUUAACCCCAUUCAUCAUAGACCGUGAGACGUCCAGCAAUGUCCCCCGGCAGACCCUGCCUCCAUCCACCCUGGUGGCAGAGGAAGAGAGCCAGGUAGACAGUGAGUCAGCCAGCCAGUCCACCAGCCAGUCCGCCAGUCAGCCAGCAUGUCCACCAGUCAGCCAGCAGCAGUCAGCCAGGAGGAGAAUGCUGAGGUCCGGGGCAAAACACGGGGGAGGGGGAGGUAGAUGUCCCCGUUUGAACGAAGUCUGCUGUCUGCUGUCAGCAAUUACCAAGCAAUUGCCCAGCCAACCCCACCAGUGGUGGAGGAGGACGAGGACUUGCAAUUUUCAAGAGCCUCUUGCCCACCAUGAGGCAGAUGACAAGGGCACAGAGGGCAAGAGUCCGCCUCGGGGUACACCAGCUAAUUUUUGACGUGGACCAGCAGGACAAUUUAUAAUUUAAUAAUUUUUUCACACAUACUGAUCCACAUUACAUUUGUUUACACUCAUCACACACACACUUCACUCAAAUUCACCAAAUAAAACAUUAUUUCAAGUAUGUUAUGGCUAUACUGUGUCUUCACUUGUUCAUGU